AUGGCUUCGAAGCUAAUCGCUUCAAAUCUCCGCCAAACCCUAAAGAGAACCUCUUCAAUCUUUUCUCAUGCACGCUCCAAUUCAACCGCCGCUUCCGCCGCCUUAGCUUCUCCGGCGGAACCCUAUGGGGAAACUGAUGGGGUUACCAUGAAAGGAGUGAAAAUCGCCGGAAGGCCGCUUUAUCUCGAUAUGCAAGCCACGUCUCCGGUCGAUCCUAGGGUUCUCGAUGCCAUGCUGCCGUUUUAUGUGUCUCAAUACGGAAACCCUCAUUCCAGAACUCAUAUGUACGGAUGGGAAGCGGACGAGGCGGUGGAGACCGCCCGCGCCCAGGUGGCGGAUCUCAUUGGCGCUUCGCCUAAGGAGAUUGUUUUCACCUCUGGCGCUACGGAAUGCAAUAAUAUUUCUGUAAAGGGCGUUAUGCAUUUCUACAAGGAGAAGAAGCGUCAUGUUAUCACCACCCAGACUGAGCACAAGUGCGUUCUUGACUCCUGCCGUCAUCUACAGCAAGAGGGCUUCGAGGUCACUUACCUUCCAGUCGGUUCUGAUGGCCUCGUCGAUCUGGAGAAGCUCAGGUCUUCAAUUCGACCUGAUACGGGUUUGAUUUCAGUCAUGGCGGUCAACAAUGAGAUAGGCGUGAUUCAACCCAUGGAAGAAAUCGGCCAAAUCUGUAAGGAAUUCAAUAUCCCUUUUCAUACUGAUGCAGCUCAGGCCUUAGGUAAAAUUCCCGUUAAUGUUGAUAAGUGGAAUGUUAGUUUAAUGUCUUUAAGUGGGCAUAAGGUUUAUGGACCCAAAGGAGUUGGGGCUUUGUAUAUGAGACGAAGACCAAGAAUUAGGGUCGAACCGCAGAUGAACGGUGGUGGGCAGGAAAGAGGUAUCCGAAGUGGCACCGUUCCUACUCCUCUGGUUGUGGGAAUGGGGGCUGCUUGUGAGCUUGCUAAGAAGGAGAUGGAGUAUGAUGAGAAGAGAAUUACUGCUUUACAGGACCGAAUGCUUAAUGGGAUUAGAGCAAAACUUGAUGGGGUUGUAGUGAAUGGAAGUAUGGAUAGACGGUAUGCUGGGAAUUUGAACUUGUCGUUUGCCUACGUUGAGGGGGAGAGCUUGCUUAUGGGGUUAAAGGAAGUGGCUGUGUCGAGUGGGAGUGCUUGUACUAGUGCCAGUUUGGAACCAUCUUAUGUGUUGAGAGCUUUAGGUGUUGAUGAAGACAUGGCUCAUACCUCCAUUAGGUUUGGGAUUGGAAGGUUUACAACAGAGGCAGAAAUUGAUCAUGCAGUAGAACUUACCGUCCACCAGGUGGAGAAGUUGAGGGAAAUGAGUCCACUUUACGAAAUGGUUAAGGAAGGGAUCAACAUCAAGGACAUUCAAUGGUCACAGCAUUGAUGAAGAAUUUGAAUGAGCAGAAGAGUAUUAAGCUUAUAUUAUGGAUGAGCUGAAGAUAGGACCUUUGAGCCUGGAGCUGCAUAACCAGUGUCAGAAUAUAUGGUGUUCGAUACAGGUUGUUUUGUUUCGUUAUCCUAUGUAGUUUUUUAUUUGGAUAACUAUGCCUGCCACUUCAUUUGCAAUACAAAAUAUUUCCAACCUUUCUGAAUAAAUUAAACCGGCUUGAGAAGACGGGAAUAGUGGUUGUUGUUUCCUACAGAGAUAUACGUUCUUGUAGUUGAAAAGGUACUAUAAUUUAUUUUUUUUUUCUUCACUUUUAUUGAUUAAAUUAUUGUGCAUGGUAUGAAGGAUUUGAUCCCUGGACAUACAUUUACUGAUUAUUGAGCUUAGUUAUGUUAAAAAAAGUUGCUUAAGAAUAAUAAGCUGAUAUAUUCUUGCUCUCUCCA